AUGGUUCUUCGUGAGCUACAAAAUAAACCGUUCUACAUAAAAAUCGACGGAAAAUGGUGCCACAUCGAUGACGAAGUGCUUCGUGCUCACCCGGGUGGCAGUGCCAUCACCACGUAUAGAAAUAUGGAUGCUACAACUGUCUUCCACACUUUCCACACCGGAUCAAAAGAUGCUUACAACUGGCUAACCCAACUAAAACAAAAAUGCCCGACACAAAAUCCAAACCUCCCACGUGUACCGGCAAGUUUUCGAGAAAUCAAAAACAAAACAAUCACUUUUUUUGUAUUCCAGGAAGAUUCGAUCGAAGGAUUUGACGAUGUUAACAUUGGAACAUUCGAAAUGACCGAGGAACGUUCAGAGGAAAUCAACAAGAACUUCAACAAGCUUCGCGCGAAACUUCGUUCUGAUGGACUCUUUGAUAGCUCUGGAUUGUUCUACACUCGUAAAGUUAUGGAACCAAUUUUGACAAUCCUUGUUGCAUUCUUCCUUCAAUAUCAUGCCUACUACUUCCCGGCAGCAGUGCUUAUGGGAAUCGCAUGGCAACAACUGGGAUGGUUGAUCCACGAGUUCACUCACCAUCAAGGAUUCAAAAAUAGAUGGUACAAUGACUUGACCAGCUACUUUGUUGGAAACUUUUUGCAGGGUUUCUCCUCCAGUGGCUGGAAAGAACAACACAAUGUCCACCACGCCGCCACUAACGUCGUCGGAAGAGAUGGAGAUCUUGAUUUGGUCCCGUUCUACGCCACUGUCGCUGAACACCUCGAUAACUAUCCGCAAGAUUCAUGGACCAUGAUUCUGUUCCGUUGGCAACACGUCCAUUGGCCAUUCAUGCUGCCAUUCCUUCGUCUUUCGUGGCUUUUGCAGUCUGUCAUUUUUGUUAGUCAGAUGGGAAACCACUACUAUGACUAUUACAGAAAGACGGCUAAAUAUGAGCAGGUCGCUCUCACUCUUCACUGGGCGUGGUCCUUGACUCAGCUCUAUUUUCUUCCUAAUUGGCCCACCAGAAUCAUGUUCUUCUUUGUUUCCCAUCUAGUCGGAGGAUUCCUACUUGCCCAUGUUGUCACUUUCAAUCAUUACUCCGUUGAGAAGUUUGCUUUGAGCUCGAACAUCAUGUCAAACUACGCCUGUCUUCAAAUGAUGACCACAAGAAACAUGCGACCAGGAAUGUUCAUUGACUGGUUGUGGGGUGGACUCAACUAUCAGAUCGAGCAUCACUUGUUCCCAACAAUGCCACGUCACAACCUUAACACAGUCAUGCCAUUGGUUAAGGAAUUUGCCGCUGAGAACGAUUUACCGUACAUGGUUGACGACUAUUUCACCGGAUUCUGGUUGGGAGUUGAGCAGUUCAAGAACAUUGCAAAAUUGGCAUCUAAAUUGUCUACCAAAGUUGAUUAA